GUGGCGGCGGCGGAGGCGCCGCUGGAGGCGGAGCUGGAGGCGGAACUGGACCUGGAAGGGGCGGAGCUGGAGGAGGUGGAUGUGCACAUCCAGGAGAACCUGGAGGACGCUCUGGUGCAGGAGGCCCUCAGGACCGGCGUGGAUCUGCUCCAAUAUUCCCGGCACGUGGAGCUGGAGCUGCAGGAGGUGGAAAGAGCCUCCAUCCAGGACUACAUCAAGGAGAGCGAGAACAUCGCGGAGCUGCACAACCAGAUCACGGCCUGCGACGCCAUCCUCGAGCGCAUGGAGCAGAUGCUGAGCUCGUUCCAGAGCGACCUGAGCAGCCUGAGCUGGGAGAUCCGGGCGCUCCAGGACCAAUCCGUGGCCAUGAACCUUCGGCUGCGCAACCGCCGGGAGAUCCGGGAGCGCCUCGGGAGCCUCCUGGACGAGCUCGUCGUGCCCCCCAACAUGAUCAGCGUGAUCCUGGAGGUGCCGGUGACGGAGCCGGAAUUCCUGGAGCAGCUGCGGGAGCUGAACGGGAAGAUCGAGGCGGUGAAGGAACAGGCCUUCCGAGACACCCUCGCCUGCGCCGACGUCCAGCACGUCCUGGAGAAGCUCAAGGUCAAGGCCGUCACCAAAAUCCGGGAAUUCAUCCUGCAGAAGAUUUACUCCUUCCGCAAGCCCAUGACCAACUACCAGAUCCCACAGAACUCCCUCCUCAAAUACAAGUUUUUCUACCAGUUCCUGCUGGGGAACGAGCGGAACGUGGCGCAGGAGCUGCGGGAUCAGUACGUGGAGACCGUCAGCAGGAUCUACUUCUCCUACUUCAAAUCCUACACUGGGAGGCUCAUGAAGAUCCAGUACGAGGAGGUGGCGGAGAAGGACGACCUCAUGGGCGUCGAGGACACGGCCAAGAAGGGGUUCUUCUCCAAGCCGUCCCUGAAGAACAGGAACACCGUGUUCACCCUCGGCAACCGCGGCAACGUCAUCGCGCCCGCCGAGCUCGAGGGGCCCAUCAUCGUCCCCCACGCCGCCCAGAAGAGCGACCUCAGGUACCCGUUCGAGUCGCUGUUCCGGAGCCAACACUUCGCCCUGCUGGACACUUCCUGCCGGGAAUUCUCCUUCCUCUCGGAAUUCUUCCUGCUCAGCGGGAAUUCCGCCCAGGAGCUCUUCGACUCCGUCAUGGGCAAAACCCUGGCCAUGUUCCUGAGGCACAUGGAAGGGUUUGUGUCCGACUGCUACGACGGGAUCGCCGUCUUCCUCUGCAUCCACCUCGUGCUCCGCUUCCGAGCCAUCAUGGCCAAGAGGAACGUCCCCGCCGGCGACAGGUCCGGGAAAAACACCCCAGAUCCAGGGAAAACACCCCCAGUCCGGGGAAAAACACCCCGAAUCCGGGGAAAAACACCCCAAAUUCAGUGGGAAUGCCCCAAAUCCAUGGGAAAACGCCCCGAAUCCAGGGAAAAACGCCCCAAAUCCAUGGGAAAAACACCCCAAAUCCGGGGGAAAACACCCCGAAUCCGGGGGAAAAACACCCCAAAUCCAGGGAAAAACACCCCAAGUCCAGGGAAAAACACCCCAAAUCCAGGGAAAAACAGCCCAAAAUUCAGUGGGAAUGCCCCAAAUCCAUGGGAAAAACGCCCCGAAUCCGGGGGAAAACACCCCAAAAUUCAGUGGGAACGCCCCAAAUCCAGAGAAAAACACACCAAAUCCGGGGAAAACACCCCAAAUCUGGGGAAAAACACGCCAAAAUUCAGUGGGAACACCCCAAAUCCAGGGAAAAGCACUCCAAAAUUCAGUGGGAACGCCCCAAAUCCAGGGAAAACCACCCCGAGUACAGGGAAAAACACCCCAAAUCCAGGGAAAAACACCCCAAAUCCAGGGAAAAACACCCCAAAUCCGGGGGAAAACAGCCCAAAUCCAGGGGAAAACACCCCAAAUCCGGGGGAAAACGCCCCAAAUCCAGGGAAAAACGCCCCAAAUCCAGGGAAAAACACCUCAAAUCCGGGGAAAAACACCUCGAAUCCGGGGAAAAACGCCCCAAAUCCAGGGAAAACACCUCAAAUCCGGGGAAAAACACCUCGAAUCCGGGGAAAAACACCCCCAAUCCAGGGAAAACCACCCCAG